ACACCAGCGACUUUGUUGUGACGUCAUCAGCAAUGGACAGAAUUGUUCCUGAAAUGUGUACAGACUGAGUGUCGUUUUCUUUGUUUUAACUCAAUCCUACCUUACAAUCACACCAUAAUACUAUAAUGGCUGAUUAUUGGAAGUCACAACCGAGGAAAUUCUGCCAAUACUGCAAGUGUUGGAUUGCGGAUAAUAAGCCCAGCAUCGAAUUUCACGAAAGAGGAAAGAAUCACAAAGAAAAUGUGGCAGCCAAAAUUUCUGAGAUCAAAAAGAAGAGCGUCCAAAAAGCAAAGCAAGAGGACCGUAUGUCAAAACAGUUUGCAGCAAUGGAGGAGGCUGCGCUGAAGGCAUAUCAGGAAGACCUGAAAAGGAUGGAAAUGGACUCUGGAACUGGUUCUUGUGUCCAAACCACAGUACUGCCACAACCUAAAGCACCACCUGUGGUACUGUGUGAGCCACCACCACAUAAAAAAUAUCAAAAGAAAACUGAAAAACCAAAGAAGUCAUCAGGGGAGCAAAACCGAACACAGAGUAUGUGUUGGGUUGAAGGACGGACAGAUGACGGACACGUGUACUACUAUAACACCGUAACUGGAGACUCUCAGUGGGACAGGCCUGAAGGCUUCAUGACUGGCUCAUACUUUGUGCAGCACGGACAGCACAAGAACUCUUCAGGUAGUGCUUGGAUGGAAGGUGUCAGCCCUGAAGGAUAUACAUAUUGGUACCACACAGAAACAGGAGAGUCUAGAUGGGAAAAGCCAAAUGACUUACCCCCCACCAAUGAAACUCCUAAAUCCAGCUUGGCAUCUGGCAGUGAGAAAGCACUUCAGGAGGAGCUGACUUCAGGAGACAACGGCUGUAAUGAGGUUCAGUUAUCCCAGGACGCAGAAAUAACAGAACAGCCGACCCUGCCGUCCGUUGUCCCAGAAAAUAGAUUUAGGAAAAGGAAAGCAGAGGGGGAACCUUCAGGAAAGGAUGAAGAAGGUCAAACAAGCAACAAUAUUCCUCAAGAGGAUGUUAAGGAGGAAAAGAAAGAGGAGGUCCAAAAUACAACCAGUGAACCUGGAAUGAAAAAACAGGAAAAGGUGGCAAAAGCUAAGAAGCCAAAAUCACUGAACCCGUAUGGCGCUUGGGAACAGAUCAAGGAGGAGAAGGAUCCAUACACAAUCGUGGACUUGCAGUUGCCCAAAGUAGGAGACGAAGACAGUGCCCCGAAGGAGUUGCCACCGGAACCAAAACCCAAGUUCAAGGAGCGCAUCAUCACAUCACUCGGCGUGGAAGGCGGACCCACCUCAUUCAAGAAAAGCAAAUCACAGAAUGGAAAAUCCAGAAGCUUUCGACAAAGAGACUAUGAUGACUAGACACAUUUUUUUUCCAUUUUCUGAAUUGUAAAUGAAUUUGCUUUUGUAGUUCAAGUUCAUUUUAAUGUUGCUCUUGAACAUGUACAGGAGGUGAAUCAAUCAGCUGGCAGUAUGUGAGCAGCUGAUUGUAUGUGAGUGCAUAAAGCUGAUAAGUGGCCUUGCAGUUUCAUAAUGACAACUUCAAGGAUGCCGCAGUCUAAUAAAGAUGACGCUUUUGACACAAAA